AUGCCCCGAGGCUGUCCCGGCAGGUGUGCGGCAAAGGGCCUGCACCGGGGCCCUCCAGGCCCGGGGCUCACGCCUGCAUCUCCACUCGCACACGGGGACCCUUCGGCGGCGCCGAGCCCUGGGGUGGCCGUCGGCGGUGGGUUGGACGCGGGCCGGGCUGUGGUGGGCGCGGAGCUGGCCCCCGGGGCGCCCUGGGUCCCGGCGGGUGGCGCCCCUGGGGGCCGGGGGGAGAGGCGUGGCUCGGCGACUCGCCGGGGGAGGGCAGCGCGGGCUCGGGGGCCGCGGCUGGGGAUUCAGCCCCGCGGCGCGGCCAUGGAGGCCCGGUCGAGGUGCCGCGGCCCCCGGAACCCAGGGUUCUGCGGGCCCAACCCGGCCGCCUCCCUCCCCGCGGCGCCCAGCCCGCCCUGUCCCCCAUCACCCGCGGCCGCGAAUCUCAGAGGCUCUGCUGCCCCGAAGCCAGUCGACUCGCGGAGGACAGGAACGAUCCAGGGUCCCUCGGGAAAAGGGGAGCAGUGGGACCCGGCGCUUUGGUCAGAUUCCGGGCUUGAUGGUCCGAUGGAAAAGCAAGCCGAGGGCGCCCUGCUACCGCUCGACUUCGGAGGCUGCUUCCGUGCCCAUAUCCCACGACCUUUGGGGCCCACGCAGGGAUUCCAGCCUCAGGUUCAGCCCCGGGCUCUGAGGUUGGCAGCAUGAAGAGUGAACCCUGAUUGUGGACUUGGGUUACUGUGAUGGAUCAAGGCAGGUUCCUCCUUGUAAAAAGUGUGCCAUCUGG